AUGGAUGAAAAGAAGAAGAAGGAUCCAUUUGAUAUUUAUGGUGAAUAUAUUGCUGCUGAAUUAAGACGUGUCAAAGAUGACCAAGCCGUGACACAGGUAAAGUACCAUAUUAAUAAUACACUGUAUGAAUUAAAAAUGGGACGAUAUAAUACAUAUGGAUAUCAAACGGCAUCUUCUCAUCCAUCAUCAACACCAAAUAAUGUCCAGGAAACUGAAAUAGGGGAAAUUAAGACACAGGAAACAAAUAGACUAGAUGCAAUACAAGACGAAACAGAAGAUUCGGCUAUACUAAACUUAGUUAAUAACUAUCUCAGUGAUGAAUCAACACAAUAG